UUGGAGCAAAGUCAGAGUCAACUUUAGUCUGAUGAAGAGCAGUUGUGUGUAAACGUCUCCUGGGUGUAAUUAAUAAGCCGUCAUUGGAACCCUGCAGUUUGUGAGCUAUUUGUUGGUUUAUUGCCGAACAGAACACAGAUUAUUGCAUUGUGUAGUCAGACAGGGCAACCGGACAGAGACUCUAUAAUGUUCAUCUUUGUGAUACUGGGGCUGCUUGUCUGCAUUGAGGCACAAGGGCCCAUUGCUGUGACUCCUGUGUUUGUGAAGAAGGGAGAUGAUCUGAUUCUGAAUGUUGAUGUUGAUGUUCCUGAGGAUUUUGUACUUGUUGACUGGAACUUCAAUAAAACGGUCAAAUUAGUAAGAAAUAUUCCUGGUAGAGAACCAACAAUCUUUUCUAAUUUCACUGGAAGGAUUGAGUUUCCUGUGAAACAAUUCUCUGUGAAAUUGAAGAAUCUUCAAAAGGCAGACAGUGGAGUUUAUACUGCACGAGUGUUAACGGCUCAAGGAGACCAACAACUAGUUGAACACAAGGUCACAGUUGAAGAUCCAGUGUCUCCAGUUAAACUGACAGUGGACCCAGUGGACCCAGUGGACCCACUGGUCUCCAGAAGCUCCUGUAAUCUCACUGUGACCUGCAGUACACAGGACUCCCACAUCAGCAGCACUAUUAGAUGUGUCAACCAAACCUGCAGUCAGGAGGGAGGAGAGCAAUCAGAGGUCACAACCUCUGAUGCUUCUCUCCGGGUCUACCUGUUGCAUAGCUCAAUCAUCUGUAACCAUAGUAACCAUGUUAGCUGGACCAACGACGUUAUAAUGAUUGAACACUUUUGCCCCAAAUAUCCUGGUUCAGAGAGUCCGUCUGCUGGUAUCUCUGUGUACCUGGUGAAGAUAGUCGUGUUCUCUGUCGGUCUGGUCAUCAUGGUGUCGGCCGUCAUCACUGUUCACCUCAUGGAGAAGCUCAAGAAGCACAAAUAAAGAAUGCUCAUGCUAUACCACUGAUCCACAGCUGGAGGCAGUAACACACAAGAAAAGGCAGUAUAGAGGAAGAAGAAUGCAAGCCAGCAAACAUGGAUGUAAAAAAAUGUAGAAUUUAAACAUUUAUAAAAUCAGCUUUGCAAAUGUUCCAUGGUGAGGGUGAUGGAUUUAAAACAUGGACUCAGUAAUGCAUUUUGGUAAGAAAAACUUCAUGUAAACAUUGUUUCUUCACAAAAAACUGCAACGGUUACCUUUUAAACAAAUGCUUUAUUUAUUAUCCAUAGAUUGUAUCCAAUUAUCACUGUUCUCACUUUGUACAUACAAAUUAUUUCAGUGGUGACCAUGUAAAAAUGUUUUUGGAGGAUGUUAUCCGGACAAAGCUGGCAACCAAGGGAGAUCAUACCUUCUCUUCGCUGGGGCCACGCCUAUGGAAUAAGCUCCUGGAGAAGAUCAGGGCCUUAGACUCCCUCACCGCUUUUAAAUCAAAUCUUAAAACUAAGGUCUUGGCUUUGUGUAGUUUAGAUUGCGUUUCUUGGGUAGUUGUUCAGUUUUACUAUAUAUUCUUAGAUUUUAUUAUUAGAUCGACCGGUUAGAGUAGGGAUAGGAGUAUGAGGAAAUCACAACUUAUCUUCACUAUCUGAUAUAAUAUUGCCUGUGUCAUUUUAAAUCAAUUUAUUCAUCAUUUGUAUUCUUGUUUAAUUAUUAAUCUUGUCAUCCAUUCAUUUAAUCGUAUUAGAAAUAAAUUAC